AUGGAUAUUUCCGCGGCCUUUUUGCUGCUCGGGGUCCUGCUGGCUCUACUCUUGUUACUUCACAAGAAGAACAGGAGCGGCGAGAAGGGUGGUCUUCCUCCUGGCCCGCUUGCGUUGCCUCUCAUAGGAAACCUGCCACAAAUAGACAAACACGUUCCUUUUAAAAGCCUCCUUAAGCUGAGUGAAAAAUACGGCCCGGUGAUGACAGUGCACCUGGGCAUGCAGCGCGCGGUGGUCCUGGUGGGUUACGAGACCGUCAAAGAGGCGCUGGUGGAUCAGGCCGACGACUUCACCGGCAGAAUGCAGUUGCCCUUUCUCGUCAAAGCCACCAGGGGUUACGGUUUGGGCAUCUCAAACGGCGAGCGUUGGCGUCAGCUGCGCCGUUUCACGCUGACCACACUCCGAGAUUUCGGAAUGGGUCGUAAAGGAAUGGAGGAGUGGAUCCAAGAGGAGAGCCAACACAUGAGGGCAAACAUUGAGACUCAAAAAGCUGCACCCUUUGACCCUUCCUUCCUGCUGAGCUGCAGUGUGUCCAAUGUGAUUUGCUGCCUGGUGUUUGGCCAACGCUUCGACUACGAGGACGACGACUUCCUGCGGCUGUUGGCCAUCAUUUCGGAAAUGGUGCAGUUUUUGGCCAGCCCUCGUGGGCAGAUGUACAACGUUUUCCCAUGGCUGACCGAGCACCUCCCCGGUCGACAACACAAGAUAUUUGGCCACAUGAAGGAGAUAAGAUCUUUUAUCAAAAAGAAGAUCCAGCAGCACCAAGACUCCCUCGAGCCCACCUCGCCUCGAGACUACAUCGACUGCUUCCUCAACCGCAUCCAACAGGAGAAGGACAACGAGUCCACAGAGUUCUUCUACGAGAACCUGGUGGCCACAGUCAUGAAUCUCUUCUUGGCGGGAACCGAAACCACGGGCUCCACCAUGCGAUAUGCGCUCAGCGUGCUCAUCAAAUAUCCAGAAAUACAAGAGAAAAUGCAGCAGGAGAUCGACGACAUCAUUGGCCGAGAGCGCUGCGUCUACAUGGAGGACAGGAAGUCCAUGCCCUUCACGGACGCCGUCAUCCACGAGGUGCAGCGCUUUCUGGACAUCGUCCCGUUCAGCUUGCCGCACUACACGCUGUGGGACGUCUCCUUCCGAGGUUACACCAUUCCCAAGAACACCAUCGUCGUGCCACUGUUGCACUCUGUGCUGAAAGACCAGACGCAGUGGGCCGAGCCCCGGUCCUUCAAUCCGCAACACUUCCUGGACCGCAACGGCAACUUUAAGAAGAACCCGGCGUUUAUGGCCUUUUCAGCUGGAAAACGAGCUUGCGUGGGGGAGUCUCUGGCUCGCAUGGAACUGUUCAUCUUCCUGGUGUCCCUGCUGCAACAUUUUAGCUUCUCCUGCCCGGGCGGUCCGGACAGCCUGGACCUGACCCCGGAGUACAGCAGCUUCGCCAACACACCGCGACGACACCAGAUCAUCGCCACGCCGCGCUGA